AUGCAGAUUGCUUCUACAAACAUUUGUGAAAGACUGUGCAAUAAGUCCAUCCGUGAAAUUUCAUUGCUACUAAAAUAGUCCACGGUCAACUGUUAGUGGUACUUUAACAUAGUGGAAGCAACUGGAAACAACAGAAACUCAGCCACGAAGUGGUAGGCCACAUAAAAUGACAGAGUGGGGUCAGCGCAUGCUGAAACGCACAGUUCGUCGACGUUGCCAACUGUCUGCAGAGUCAAUAGCUAAAGACCUCCAAACUUUGUGUGGCCUUCAGAUUAGCACAACAACAGUGCGUAGAGAGCUUCAUGGCAUGGAGUUCCAUGACCGAGAAGCCUUACAUCACUAAGUGCAAUGCAAAGCAUUGGAUGCAGUGGUGUAAAGCACAUUGCCAUUGGACUCUAG